CUAGAUUGAUUACUCUUGAAUGUUAAAGGGGAAGGAGGCUAGAAAUUUUUGUCUGUGAGUCGGGAGUGCCGCUGUACUGUUUGCCUGCUGUUGCGCUGUUGCCUGCCGCUGUGCUGGUCCUUCUAUUCCUUCUCACCUUCUUCUCUGCACCAGGCCAGGGGUCACCUCAAAGACAAACACAUGGGUCGCCGGCUAGAGAGGAGGAGGAGGAGGAGGGUUAGGGAGCAGAAAGGAGGAGAAAGAGAGAGAAGGUCAGCGAGUUGAAGGGACUUGGGCUGAAGAGAAACAGCAGAGACGGGGUUGUAUGUCUAGGUUGGAAGAGGACAUUGGGAGGCUGUUGAAGGAGACGGGGCAAUGUGUAAAGGCAGAGUGGGGGAGAGAGAGAAAAGAGGGAGGGGUGGAAGAAGGGGGGGCUCGCUCUUCGCUCUGUGUCCGGGCUUAAAGCCUUUUUAAAGCCAGCCAGAGUGCCUUUUGUCUGUUGAUACGAUCAGGGGGACUGAAGGAAGUGAAGGAGCACGAGAGUUUUUCUGUCAACCUCUGUGCUGCCUCUGCUGCUGCUUUCAAGGAGACUUGGACAGGGCUAUCUGUUUCUCUCUAUUCUGCUGUGCUCCAGGCCGUUCACCAUGAAGGGCACAGGGAUUAGAAGAUGUCUGGAGAUGGUUUUGGAGCCACGGGCAGCGAUGCCCAACAAACACUGCAGUCCUUCUGGCCUCGUGUCAUGGAGGAGAUCAGGAACUUGACUGUGGAUUUCCGUGUGCAGGAGUUGCCUUUAGCCCGAAUCAAGAAAAUCAUGAAGUUGGAUGAGGAUGUGAAGAUGAUCAGCGCAGAAGCUCCGGUCCUGUUUGCCAAAGCAGCUCAGAUCUUCAUCACAGAGCUCACCCUCAGGGCGUGGAUCCACACUGAGGACAACAAGCGACGCACUCUACAGAGGAAUGACAUCGCCAUGGCAAUAACAAAGUUCGACCAGUUUGACUUCCUGAUUGACAUCGUGCCCCGGGACGACCUGAAGCCUCCCAAACGACAGGAGGAGAUGCGUCAGUCGGUAGCUCCAGCAGAGCCGGUGCAGUACUACUUCACCUUGGCCCAGCAGCCCGGAGCCGUGCAGGUGCAGGGCGCACAGCAGGGCCAGCAACCUGCUGCACAGACAGCGGCGACCAUCCAGCCCGGACAGAUCAUCAUCGCACAGCCGCAACAGGGACAGAUGUUGCAAGGUGCCACCAUGCAGCAGUUACAGCAGGUGCAGGUGCAAUCACAGGGCACGCCCAUCACGAGUGCGCCUGUUGCCAUGCAGGUGGGUGAAGGCCAGCAGGUGCAGAUUGUCCAGGCUGCCACAGCCCAGGGUCAGGCUCAGACAGCUCAAGCCCAAGGCCAGACCAUGCAGGUCAUGCAGCAGAUCAUCACCAACACUGGAGAGAUCCAGCAAAUCCCAGUACAACUAAAUACGGGACAGCUGCAAUACAUCCGCCUAGCCCAGCCCGUCUCUGGAGCACAAGUGGUCCAGGGGCAGAUUCAGACUCUUGCAAACACCCAGCAGAUCACACAGACAGAAGUACAACAAGGACAGCAGCAAUUCGGCCAGUUUACUGAUGGCCAGCAAUUGUAUCAGAUACAGCAGGUGACGAUGCCAGCAGGACAGGAGCUGACCCAGCCAAUGUUCAUCCAGUCUACCAACCAGACAACUGACACACAGGUCACGCAGGUCAGCACUGAAUGAGCCCUGCCAGGAGACUUUCUCCUCUCACACAUGCAGCACGCACACCAGCCUGCGCGAUGCAGACGGAUGCCAUCAACUUUGACAAAAAGGACUCUCAAUAAUUCAUUUUAAGCACGGCUCAUUGCAACGAGGGACCUGAAAUCUUGUAACACUCAUGUUUUGUAAUAAAUUUACUACACUGGAUCAAAAACCAAAGGGACGCUGAUUGACUCUUUCACAAUCAUACGUUAUAAUCAUCCAAUCUUAGACAUGGUGUACCCUUUUGUACUUGUGUCACCCUUAUUGAAUGGAUGACUUUACGUUGUGCAUCCACUUCCACAGUCCCUGACAACAGUCUUUGCACAGACUAAAUUUAUUCUUCUUCCUGUCAUUUCCAACCUUUUACAGAUUUUUAGACUAUAAAGUGUUGAUUUUUUUCCCCCCGACACCUUACUUUCUGCUCUUCAUUUGGAAAUGAAUUUGGAAAAUGUCCGUCUUUGUCUACAGAAGCUGCUCUAGGUUUAGGGUAGCCAUGGGAAGUUUUGUUUUUGUUUUUUGUUUUUUUAAUAAUUAAAAAAAAACCCUACCUUUACUCAUUGUUUUUCAUGUAGUUGGAUAAAAUUAAACCAUAUACCUCAGAUAUCACUUUAUACACCAAGUCAAUCUAAGGGAUAGUGAAGAGGUUGAGGUUUAAGGAUAUUUUCAUGUAGUUUGUUGUGUUUUCCAUAAUGAUGAUGACGCAUGACUUUACGUUGUAAGGGCUUCAAACUGUACAGGCUAUUUGUGAAUGUGAUGAAAGGCUGGGUGUGUUUGCGUUGGAAGCACACGCACAUUCAUCCUUACUCUUCUGAUUAUUUCACCCCCCAUCCCUUUGUCCUUAGUGGGGAAACUUUUUUCUGCCUCUAUGCAGUUUCACACAGCCCUCUCGGCUUGGGUGGUUUUCGAGUCUCGAGUCUUGUGCCCCGGUUUAAGUCUCAUGUACAAACACAUGACUCCGUCUGGAGGGGAAAAAGCACCCUUUUUAUAGAACUCUCCUUUGUGUUUUUCUUUUGGCUUAAAAUGAUGUUUGGCCCGAUAUAUUGCCCAUUAUUUUAUUUUUUUUUGUACAGUAAUGAGUAUUAUCAAUGUUAUUAUUAUUGUUGUUUUUGCAUGUAGUUCAAACUGCCAGCAUGACAUGCAAUAGAUGGGUACAAUUUUAUUUUUGAUGUUCCUGUUUUUUUUUUUUGUAAACAAACUUUGUGACGAAAAAAAAUUAAAAGCCAUACCUUCUCAACAAGG